UUUUAUAAAGUGGCUAGUAGGUACCUACCUAUUGUCAGAAUUAUAGUAUGUUAUUUUCUAAGUAUCGUAAGUUGAUUGUGUUGUAAAAUAGUGUUAUAAAAUAAUUGUUUCAAACAGUUAUUGCAGUGUAUCUUUAAGUUUAUAUGGUGACUAGCAUGUAACUAUUAACCCAAAUCGAAACGAAAGGAUAUCGUUUUGUAAAAGUUAACAUGGAGGUGUCACAUUCUUUGACUCUGAAUGAGGCGGCUCUUCAGCAACUUCCCGACGAUAAGAAACCGCACUUCAUUUUUGAAUGGCUUCGGUUCCUGGACAAAGUUCUUGUAGCUGCCCAUAAGUCUGAUCUCAAAAACUGCCAGCAAAAGCUUGUCGCUCAGCUCGUUAAUCUUUUCCGUGAGAAUCUCGGAGUGCCAGCCAGGAGGCUGCUCGCGAGAUGUUUGGCCACACUCUUCUCCGUCGGUGACACAUUCCUGUUGUUUGAAACAGUCAAUAAGUGCAAUGACAUCAUAAAAGUUAAGGAUGACUCUCCAUCGUACCUGCCAACUAGACUGGCUGCUAUAUGCUGUCUGGGCAGCAUGUAUGAAAAGUUGGGCAGGAUGAUGGGACGUUCAUACGAAGAAACUGUCACCACUCUAGUGAGGUCCAUGAAAAGUGCUGAGUCUCAGACCAGGCUGGAGAUCAUGAUUACGCUGGACAAGAUCUGUGUGGGUAUGGGCACAGCAGCAGGCUCCGCCCUCCGUGAGGUGUCUCGUGCCGCUCGUUCCUCGGUCCAACACGAGAGGGCGCCAGUUGUACGAGCGGCAGCAGCAACAGCAUUGAAACACGUACUGCCGCUGAUGAGACUCACUCCCGCUGAUGUUGACGCCAUUGCCGCUGCUUGUCUAAGAGCGGCACAGACUGCUGAUUAUGCUUUGAGAUGCUCUGUAGCAGAUCUCCUAGGAGCUUUGGUAGCAGCCACUCAGGCCGGAGAAACAAAUUCUAUCAACACCAAAACUAAAAUAGGGAUGCAAUCUGUUCACCAAAACAAGAAAGACCCGCCUAAGAAUGUCAUAUCACUGGACGAGGUUUUAAAUCUCCUAAUGGGUGCCUUCCUACGAGGAGGCACCUCCUUCCUUAAGGGUGAGAUCAUCAAGUCUGGCUCCGCUGUCAACAGGGAAGUCCGUGUUUGUGUUACGCAUGCAUACGUGAUCUUUGUUCAGAACAUGGGAGGUGUUUGGUUAGAGCGGAAUUUGACAACUUUCUUGAGCCACGUGUUAGACCUGGUCGCAAACCCUAAGGCGGCCAGUUCUCACGUGGAUGCUGUGUACUCCAGAAAAUGUAUCAAUUAUAUAUUAAAGAACACUCUGGGAAAGAUGCUCGGAGAGAAAGCCCAAGCGUCCGCUUGUCGGGAAAUAAUACAGAUUAUAGCAAAGCAGAUGAACAGUAUCGACUUCAACCCGGAAAAUGCUAAGGAUUGUAACCAGGAGACGCUGUUCAGUCAACAUCUGUUAGUGUGUGCGUUGACGCAGGCAGGCUCAUUGUGUUUGGCUCUGGGCACAGCGUUACAUAACCUCGUAUCUGACCCAGGCUUGCACCUCAUAGACACCAUAUUCUCGGUGUUGGAACACCCGUGUGUAGCUGCGAGGCUGGCGGCGGCGUCGUGCGCGAGGUCGCUGGGGCGCGCUCACCCGGCGCUGUUGACGCCGCUGUUGGACAGGUGUGCUGACGCCUUGGACGUGCCCAGACCUACACCGCAUAGGAUAUCCGGUUAUUCCGCCGCGUACGCUGCCAUCCUGGGUGCCGUUCAAUGGUCACCGCUCGGUGUGCCUCACGGUCGCGGUAAGGUCGCCUUCAACGCGGCUGAACAACUACUAAGGUCGGCUGGGCAGAGCAGCCGGCUAACGGCCGCUAGAACUAACGCCGGGUGGCUUAUAGUCGGUGCUAUAUGUACCCUGGGAGUUCCUGUUGUGCGUGGUCUUCUUCCGCGGAUGUUGUUACUGUGGAGGAACAGUUUCCCUCGAUCAGCCAAAGAACUGGAGUCGGAAAAAGCCAGAGGCGAUGCGUUUACUUGGCAGGUAACUCUGGAAGGUCGUGCUGGUGCGUUGUCUGCUCUACAUAGUUUGUUAAUACACUGUCCGUCACUCGUAAACAAUGAGGACACCGCCAAACGCCUCGCACAGCCGAUAGAUGGCGCUAUUGCUGUCUUGACCAACGUGGGUCAGGUUGUGCGUAACUAUGGGGGGUCACUGAAAGCCCCCGCUGCCCUGCUCCGUCUGCGUCUAUACCAGGCGUGUGCUGCGCUGGGGUCGUUGUCAGCCCCCGCGGCUCCCCUACUAAGGUUAUUGGCUGCCGAGCUGGCCGGCUCCGCUGACCCCGGAGGCGCUAUCGUCGCAACUGGUAUGUUAAGAAAUGCGAUGCAUCCUCGCGAUACGAUCCUACUGGGUGAAGAAGCUUGGAUAUAUGAGACUGAUCACGCUGACAUAGAAGAACAGCUGAUAUCUCCGCUAAGUGCGAGUGGAUCGGGUGCUCUUGAGCACGAUCCUUGUCGCCUGUACCGCGACGCCAGCGGCGCUCAGCCUCUGGGCGUCGCUGUCAUAGACGCAUCCGUGGCACUAUUCCCGGCCGUGUUCGCACGAGCCGCUAACAAACACAGACAACAAAUGCUCGAACACUUCGUUGAAUGCAUCAAAAUGUCGAAAGGAACCCGUCAGGAGGCCAUACAAAUUAAUGUUUACACAGCGCUGUUGUUGGCGCUGAGGACGCUGGGAGAGCUGAAGAGCUCACUGGGACAGGACGCUGUCAAGAAUACCGCUACCGAACUCAUCAUAGCAGGGUUGUCAGCGAGCAGCACAUCGGUUCGUGCUGCUGCAGCGUCAUGCGCCGGAAGGCUCUGUGGGUGUAUCACCGAGUCUGAGACGCAGGCACUGAGCGAACGCGUGAUAGCCCUCGCUAGGACGUCUCCUAAUAGAUCGGUCCGUGCAGCCGCUGCAGCCGCCGUCGGAACUGUGCAGCGGGCGAGAGGCGCUGCGUCAAGCGCUGCAGCGCUGCCAGUGCUAAGAGCCCUGGCCCAGGAUACAGCUGCGGUGGAAGUGCAGGUGUGGUCGCUUCACGCGCUGUCCGUGUUAAUAGACGCUUCGGGUCCGAUGUUCCGGAGUCAUGUUGAGUCAACUCUGAACCUGGUUUUGAAACUAUUGUUCAGCGCUCCGCCCAGUCAGGACGACCUGCACAGAAGUAUCGGCAGACUCCUCGCAGCCCUCAUCACAGUUGUUGGACCGGAGCUACAGUCAUGCGGGCAUAGCGCUGUGGGUCGCUUCACGUGCGCGUGCGCAGCGCUGCGGGAGGGGGGCGGUGCUGGCAGCGCUGCCGACGCCAUCGGAGGCCUGCAGCAACUACAUCUGUUCGCCCCUGGACACGCUAACCUACGGACUCUCGUUCCGCAGCUGUGUCGCGACUUAUCCAAUCCCGAGCUGUCUGUACGCCGAGCAGCACUGUGCUGUUUGCGGCAGCUGUCCCAGAAGGAUGCCGCUGAUGUGUGCAAGUACGCGCUACUCGCUAAGGACCACGUGCCCACUAAACCUUACUGCGGGGUUGUGAUAACAGACACAGGUCUGCCAGGUGCAUUGUUUGCAUUCCUUGAUAUGGAGCGUGACGAAAUGGCGAUAUCAUACGCCAAGGAUACGUUGACCUGUUGCCUGUUGGCCGCCGCCGCCAAUAAGUCGGUCAAGGAUUGGCUACUUUUGGCCAAACGAGUGCUAACUGUUAAAUUGGAGGAUAGCAACAACCCUGACACGGAGCUGGAAGACGACGAUGAUCAGGCGGAGUUCCACGCUGAGAGUGAACAGGCGACGCACCCGGCAGUGCAGCCGCGGUGGCCUACAAGGGUGUUUGCCAUGGAAUGUAUCCAGAAGGUAAUGGGGGCGUGCGAGGCUACUGGAGAGAGCGCACACUUUGAUCUCGUGAAGGCAAAAGAGAAAUUACAAGAGGAUCCGAACGCUGACUACCUCUCGUUGCAUCUCUCCGACCUCGUGCGGAUGUCGUUCGUUGGGGCGACUGGUGAAUCUGAUGCUCUCAGGCUGUGCGGACUGAACACGCUGCAACUCAUCAUACAACAGUACGCGAGGGCACCGGAACCGGAUUUCCCCGGACAUCUACUUCUGGAACAGUACCAGGCACAGGUGGGCGCGGCGGUGCGGCCCGCGUUCGCCGGAGACACGGCGUCUCACGUGACGGCGGCGGCCUGCGACGUCUGCUCCGCGUGGAUCGGCUGCGGCGUCGCCAGAGACAUUAACGACCUGCGCAGGGUGCACCAACUGCUGGUGUCAAGUCUGGAUAAAUUAAAUAAAAAAGGCAACACCACACUCAUUUACAACGAGAGUAUGGCAACAUUGGAGAAAUUGUCCAUUCUUAAAGCAUGGGCUGAGGUGUAUAUAGUGGCCAUGGUCAGCAACGACAGCGCCCCGGGAAGCUACGUCAAACAGCUGGAUACUAAGCCGGUGAAUAACAAGGCGGAGAUAGCGAAAUGGCGGAACAGAGUGCACGAGAGUAACAAUCAAACAGACAACACGGCCCAGGAGACUGAGGACGACGAUUACGGAGAGUUUGAGUCGAAGGGGGAGAGCUUGCUCAAACUGGUUGAACCGGAACUGGAGAGCUUAGGGGAGAAUUGGCUCGCUGCCUUGAAGGACCACGCGCUACUGAGUCUACCACCGGAGUUCGCGUCCCAACUGCCGCAUGGUGGAGGUGCCUUCUACUCCAUGGAGACGGCGGAGGCGUCCCGGGCUCACUACGGCCGCGCCUGGCCCGCGCUGCUAUACGCUGCCGCGCUACGCUAUAAUGCUGAUAUAACGACUGGCGUCCAUACUGAGAAAACGGACAACAAAGUAGACAACAGGUCGAGCAAGACGGAAAAUGGAAACUUUGAAUUUUUCGAACCGGCUGAUGAAAAAUUCCAUCUACUAUUUGGUAUCUGUAUGGAGGCUCUGUGCGCUCAGCGCGAUAUGACGGUGGAAAAUACAAUAACAGUCCUACUUUCUCUGGUGACUUUACUUGACGCUCCUGAGAACAGAGCAAGGCUCAUGAAAGAUAGAGCGUUGGCCAUCGAGGUGUGUCAGAUCAUUCACCGAGCUGGUCUAACACAGGAGAGCAUCGAGGCGCUGUUGUUGUGUGCUGAUGUACUGGAACUAGUGAUAACAGCCGCCAAGGAUCACCUGAGAGCUGCCAUCGCUGAUAAGACAGCUGAACUAGCCCCGGAUGCAACGCCUGAUAGCAUGCCAGAAUCUGUGUUGGAGGUUGUGCAUACGCUGGGGGAGGGCGGGCCAACAGGGGAUCUACCGCCGGGGAAGUCCCUGGUGUUCGCUUGUUUGGAAGUCUGUUUGUGUCUAUUGGUGCGGAGGCUGCCGGCUUUGAGUCCCCUCAAGCAGGAGGGGAGGGUGGGGGUGAUUGGAGUCAGGAAGGGUCUAGGGGUACACGGAGAUACACUGCUGAUAAAAAGCCUGGCCUCCAUGUCACAAUUGACCACACUGACUAGUCCUCAAGGAGCCUUAUCAAUUCUGCCCACCAUUUUGUACCUGUCCACGGAGGUGAUCCGCUCUCUGCAGAGCAGUCCCGCUCUGUGUGAGGCGGGGGUGCUGCUGCUGCAGCUGGCGGCGGACUGCAGCACGCCCGUGACGUCACAGGUGCGGCAACAGCACGCACUGCUGCUGCGAGCCACACUCGCUAAUAUAUUGGAACGUGUUAAGACAGAGGAUCCCGAACAACGUAUAGACAGUGUAACGGGGGCGCGGGCGAUGGCGGCGAUAGUGGCGAGGGCGGAGCCCGACCCCCCGCUCCACUACCCCUGUAUAAACCACUUCCGGCAGUGUCUCGACACCAAGGACCCAGAGGUGUUCUCGUCCGUGUGUUCCAUCCUCCGCCUCAUCUGGUGUCGCUCGUGCCCUCCCCGCUCCGUAUCGUGGUGGGCGCGGUCUCUGGCGGGGAGGGUGGUGGGUUUCGCGGCUGGAGCCCGCCACGCCGCGGACGCGGGCGAAGCGCGGGCCGCGGUGGCCGCCGUCGGAGCCCUAGACGACCUCGUGGACGCCGCGCCCGACGCUGCCAGGAUCCAAAUGUUGUGGAUCUUGGUCCCUAUAGUGACGUCAUACCUCCGUGAACCCCCUGAGCUCGAGAAGGCGCCUCACUUGAAGAUUCUACACGAUUUCGCUCUUCAGUGGCUCAUGAGAGUUGGACCGAAACAUCCGCAGGAGUUCAAGAGUAUGUUGUCUCAGUCACCCGAGCUUCGGUCCAAGUUGGAAGCCGCCGUGAAAGCCCGCGCUCCGCCGCGUGUCCACACACACACGAACAGACAACAAACGCCGCAUGCGCCCACUAUACAGCUCAGGACAGAUUUUAGUGACUUCAGAUAAAUGGGGAACAAAUGUCAUAGUGUUAAGGUCGCUUAAAGUGAAUAUCCGCGGAUACAGAUAUAAAAUAAUCACAUUCUACAUGCUAUCAUGUUCAUUGCCAACUUAUUACUAAUGUAUAUUUUUUUUAUAAUAUUUGAAAGCAAUUGGUAAGAAGAUAGGCAAAAAUGCAAUGGAUACAAACCUUGUUUUGCGGUUUGUUAUCCGCACAUCACUACUGACAAUAAAACAAUACGUCACACUGAGACCGAUCACAGUUGACAGUCCAAAAUAAUUUGUUUGUCAGAUAAGCAUAUAUAUUUUUUUAUUUAAAAUGUUUUAUUUUAAUUCGUGCGGCAUAAGUUGUCUUUAUCUAUAUUUGUUUAUUAAAGAAAAACGCUGGUGACAUCAAACGUCAGAAUAUCUAUCGCAAAUGUCACUGUCAUAUAAACGUCAAUCAAGUUUGGCAUUGUUUAAAUGGAAAUUAUUACGUAAGAUUCACAAAUCCCUCCUUACAUAGCGCAGUAUAAUAUUCACACAUGGCAUUUUUUGGCGAAAUCUAUAAAGAAACGCCAAGAGAGGGAAGGAGUAGGAGAGAAAUGGAGAAUAUUGAUUAAGAUACUAUUAUUUAGAAGUUUAUUUUAUAACAGCUGACAUAUUUCAUUGAGGUGUAUACUGUAUCGUGGAAAAUACACAAAAUUCCUGUUAGGAUGCAAAACUACAUAGUUGAGUGAUAUAAAAAUGAUUUGAAAAUGAUCGGAGGUAAUAGUUUUAAUUAAAACAAUUAUCGUAUCGAGGACGCCGUGUUAGGACAACUGACAGUUUAGGGAAAACAUGGCCAAAAGAAAUAAACAUUUAUCAUAUUACGUUUCUAAUAAAAUUUUAACAUACAUUUGUUCGGACCAAGUCACAUUUUAACUAUACAUAGUUAUUUCAUGCACUUGUUAAUAUUUUAAGAUGACGAUUUUGACGCAAUACAAACAGAGGCGUCACCUCUGAGUAAUAUUGAAAUGUUUCUUAGUGUUGACUUAGAGUUACAGAGAAGACGCUUGAAUUUAUCAGAUUAAUAUGAAGUAACAUAUGUCACUAUUGAAACUGUUGAUUGAUGAAGAGUUUAGGGUUUAUCGAAUGAGAUAACAUUAGUUGUUUAGUUAGAAAUACUUUCUCUCUUCUUCGCUAUUUUGAUAAAUAAAUUAUUAAAUUAACAUUAAUAUGUUUAUACUAUCAAGUAUAUAGAUUAAAUAUUACUAGGUCCAUCGGAAGCUUUCUGUGGUCGUUAGAAAUUUAGUUUAGGUAUUAAAAGAAUUUAAAAAAAAUUAACAACCAACAGAAGUUUGAUUAGGAAAUAUUUUAAAAUAGUGAUAAGAAAUAUAGAAAUAGCGAGAAGGCUUUAUUAAAGACUAUAUUAAAUUAUUAUAAAAUUUUAUGUAUGUACUAAAAAUAAUAUUAUAAUAUUUUUGGCAAAAAUUACAACUGAUUGCUGGUCUGUCUUAUUCAUUAUCUCUUGUGUUGUCAUAGAAAACUAUCUUAGAGUUAAGUAUAAUUGUGUAACUUAAGUUUAUAAAUAGUGAAUGCCUGGCAUUCCGUAUAAUAAAAUAAAGGAGGAAACAGUAGUGAAAUAUAUAUCUGACAAAAAUAUUAUUGCUUUAUAGAAAAAUGUAUUUCUGUGAUAGAAAAAAAGUAUAACUGAAAGAAUAAGCCAAAACAAGUUCCACUGCCUUGCACUUCCAUAAAAUAAGGGCGUUAAAAUCAGGAGACUGUGUCGACGGAGAAUAUAAGUGUGUACUUUGAUAUUAUAAGUUAUUGUAAGCGAUUUAAAUAUUAAAGUUCUAACUGUCUA